UUCAGUUUGUAUGCCAGUUUUCCUCUGCAAACUUUCUUCAACAGCAUUACGAAUAAACACUGUUUACACAAAAUAAUUAACAACUACAAUAUAAUUGCGUUAGUUAUCCAUUUGUCUAGUUGUAGAAAUAUAAUACGAUACAAGUAAAACAUAUAAACAGGUGUUCUGUGGUAAAUUUAAUUAUUAUGGACCAACAUCCACAUAAGCAUAGAGGCGCAAAAGGCACAAGUCGUGGGUUAGAAUUAUAGGAAAUAUUAAAUAAAAUAAAUUCCAUUCCACAAGUCCUUUUUUUCUCGGGGGUUGUAUUUAUUUUAAGUGUGAAAAAUUAGUACAAGUUGGGAUACAAUUAUGAUAUAUAUGAUUUAGAUAACGAACAAAUCACGUGAGUCUUCCUCUCACACAGUAUUGUGAUGCGUUUAUUUUCGAGCAUUUCUGUCGGAUUUGUGAUACAACGACAUAAAUUGAUUCAUAACCCAUCAAGUUGAUUACUAGAAGAAGGUCUCUUUAAUAAAGACAAAAGGGGGAUCGAUAACCCUGCGUUCUGCAGUUUUCAUCAAAUUAAGUAAGAUCAGAGAAAAUGGCUUUCACAUUUCAGCCCACGUGUUUUAGCAUGUUCAUUGUUUUCCCCUGAGUUCACUUUGACAGAGAGAAAGCAAGACACUUGCUGUCUGUGCGUUAGUAUAACCUAUUGUGAACUGCUAGUUUGUGGUACGGCGCACCAAUGGUGCGAAAAAAAACCCGUACCACACCAUGGUCCGGAACGGGUUCGGUGCGACCGUACUGCUGAAAAAUGUUGGUCCGGUUGAAGAUUUUUUUGGAGCGGUACGGGUCGCUCUAUUAAAAUUUUUGUUGCGGUACGGGUGCGGAGCGGGUUUUUCCCAAAUUAUUUUGGCGUGGUACGUGUGCGGUUGGGGGAGUUUGAGAUUUUUUUUGGUGCGGUGCGGGAACGGUACGGUACCAUUCAGAAAUCUGCGGUGGUACGGUAACACAAACUAGCAAGUGUGGUUGUGAGUGUGUGUUGGUGCUAAGUAUUACAGUUUUAGCUUGAAUUUUUCGACACUCUUCUGCAGAAACUAGGGGUAUUCACAGUAACCGAUUAUUGCGAUUAUAAUCACCCAAAAAUUCUCUCUGCGAAAAAAUAAACCAAUAAUAAUGCUACUUAAUUCCCUGCGAUCAGUGCAUGACAGUGAAUGACUUGUUGUAUUAUGGGUUCUCACCGUGUGUUCACGAGAAAAAGUCGCGUAGUUCUCGCGAUCGUUCUCGUUUUCAUCCUGAUUUCAUUCCUUGGCCUACAUAACGAGCAACUUAUUUCCUUCGACUCAACAAAGAAAUCCUGGAUGGAAAAGUAUGGGUCUUUGUAUCCUGAGCAUAUCAACGACGUCUUACGAAUACUUGACAUCACACCAAACUUGUGGGGAUAUCGGGGGCAGAAAAAUCUCCGAAACGAGACAAUUUCUUCGAGGAUUCAUGCUCAGAUUGAGUGGAUAAAACAACUUGCGGGAACCCAGUUCAUUAAAAAUGUCAAGAGAAAGAAGAUUUUGGUGUACCUAGAACCCAACCCAGGUGACCAAUACUUUUUUACAGGAAAUAAAUUAAAAUGUCCAUACGCUCCGGAGUUUGAGGACAAAUGUGAUCUAGUCCUGGAGAACAUGGGCUGGAGACACCUGCUUAAGAAUCACCCUUCAAAAAGUCAUUACAGGAAAUUAGGAAUUGACGCCGUGAUUGGGAUCAGAAAUGGAUACUGGGGUCAAGAUACAGAAUUCUGGAAUUCAGAGCCAACGUUUCCACCGAAUGUGCAACAAAUAUUCUACGUUUUCGAAAGCCCUUGCCACACAGCGUCUGCCCAAUUGGGAAUAAAUAAUGCUUUGUUAGCAUCUUAUUGGAGGGGUGCAGAUAUCCCAAUUCCUUAUCGACAUUUCACCAAGGAUGCUACCUAUCAUUACAACAACAAUGGGGAAUCCAUAGAAGACAUCAAUCAUGAGGAUGUUCGAAAGUUAGCCGUGGCUCUGAUUUCAAAUUGCGUUUCUGUAAAAAAUGACAGAAUGGGGUACAUCCAGCAGCUCAGAAAGUAUAUCCCCGUAGAUGUUUUUGGACAAUGUAGAAGCACACACCAAAAUACUUGUCCCCCCGGACGAGACUGCUUGGAAUAUCUCGGCUCACAGUACAAAUUUUAUCUUGCCUUUGAAAACUGCAACUGCGAAGACUACAUUACGGAGAAACUUUUUGUGAAUGGGCUGCAGUACAAAAUGGUGCCCGUCGUAAUGGGAGCGGCUCCUGAAAAUUAUAAGAGUGUUGCACCCCCACACUCGUUUAUCCAUGUGAACGACUUCGCCUCCCCACAACAGUUGGCAAACUAUUUGAAGCUGUUGGAUAAAAAUGAAACUCUAUUCGCAAAAUAUGGAGAGUGGAGACAGUCGCAAACCCGAUGGCAUCUGACAACUGCGUUGGGCGCUGAUUUUUUCUGUAGGGCAUGUGCCCUUUUCUACUACGGCGACUUCAGACCACCCCCAUCAUACCCAAGUUCAUCUACAAGAUGGGCCGAUCUAAACAAGUGUUUGCCCAAAAAUAUAUGGAGGUGGCCAGACUAGAAUUAUUUAAUACGUGAAACCGGUGGACUGAAUUAAGGAGUGAAUAGGGUUUUGAUAUAAUUGCGAUCUGAUAUAUGCAUAUUUGUAGUACAGAUUCUGUAUAUAUAAUUUACACGAUUAGGAAUAAUAAAGACGAAAUUGAUUGCAA